CUGUCCUUUACAAGAGUCCCGCUCUCUACUUUGAAGGCGACUCCUCCUCCACCCCGAGGUCCAGCCUACCUCGGAUCUUCAGUUCCCACCAACCAGAGGAGCCCCAGACCUCCAGUAAGCCCCACCCUGCGGGCUCCUCCGCUUCCCGGUCUUGCUUUCCCUUUGGCUCUGUCCCCACUGAGGAGUCCGCUGUCCCAGCCAUGGCGCGUGCUACCGGACCCGAGCAGCGGCUGCUGGCCAUCUACACUGGCGGCACCAUCGGCAUGCGGAGUGAAGGCGGAGUGCUGGUACCUGGGAGAGGCCUGGCUGCCGUCCUGAGGACACUUCACAUGCUCCACGAUGAAGAGUAUGCCAGAGCCCACAGCCUGCCCGAGGAUACGCUGGUGUUGCCCCCGGCCAGUUCUGACCAGAGGAUCAUCUACACGGUGCUGGAGUGCCAGCCACUCUUCGACUCCAGUGACAUGACCAUCACUGAAUGGGUUCAAAUUGCCCAAACGAUAGAGAGACACUACACACAGUACCAGGGCUUUGUGGUCAUCCACGGCACGGACACCAUGGCCUUUGCUGCAUCAGUGCUCUCUUUCAUGCUGGAAAACCUGCAGAAACCGGUCAUCCUCACAGGUGCCCAGGUUCCUAUCCACGCACUGUGGAGUGAUGGCCGUGAGAACCUGCUGGGGGCUCUGCUCAUGGCUGGCCAGUACGUCAUCCCUGAGGUCUGCCUGUUCUUCCAGAAUCAGCUCUUUCGGGGCAAUCGGACAACCAAGGUGGACGCUCGGAGAUUUGCAGCCUUCUGCUCCCCUAACCUGCCCCCUCUAGCCACUGUGGGCGCAGAUGUAACAAUCAACCGUGAGCUGGUACGGAAGGCCCCUUGGAAGAGCCACCUGGUGGUCCACAGCAGCAUGGAGCCUGACGUGGGCCUACUGCGCCUCUACCCUGGGAUUCCCGCCUCCCUGGUCCGGACCUUCCUCCAGCCCCCACUGAAGGGCGUGGUCAUGGAGACCUUUGGCUCUGGGAAUGGGCCCACCAAGCCGGACCUACUACAGGAGCUCCGGGCGGCGGCCGAAAGAGGCCUGAUCAUUGUCAACUGUACCCAUUGCCUUCAGGGGGCUGUGACUUCCGACUAUGCACCUGGGAUGGCCAUGGCAGGAGCCGGCAUAAUCUCAGGCUUCGACAUGACAUCAGAGGCUGCCCUGGCCAAACUGUCCUAUGUGCUGGGCCAGCCAGGGCUGAGCCUGAGUGACAGGAAGAAGCUGCUGGCCAAGGAUCUUCGUGGGGAGAUGACACUGCCUACGACAGAUGACUUGCUGGGAGAUGACAUGCUGGGCUGCAGGGCCACAUGGCUUCUCAGUAUGAAUGGCAGCCAGGAUGCUGAUGCCAUGAAGGAAGUUCUGCUGCCCGGCCUGGCCCUGGCUGCAGCUCAUGCUGGUGACCUGGACACUCUGCAGGCCUUUGUGGAGCUGGGCAGAGACCUCAACCUGAAGGACUACAGUGGCCAGACGCCACUGCAUGUGGCUGCACGGAGAGGGCAUGCUUCAGUGGUCGCCAUGCUACUGCAGAAGGGUGUGGAUGUGGAUGCCCGUAAUGAGGACGGUCAGAGCCCACUGCUGCUGGCCGUGAGGGGCAGGCAUCUGAGCGUCAUCAGGCUGCUGAGGGCCGCUGGGGCUCACCUGUCUCCCCAGGAGCUGGAGGACGUGGGGACAGAGCUGUGCAGGCUGGCAUCAAGGGCGGACAGCGAAGGCCUGCGGGCAUGGUGGCAGGCUGGGGCUGACCUAGGACAGCCGGACUAUGAUGGACACUGUGCCCUGCAAGUAGCCGAAGCAGCUGGGAAUGCAGAUGUGGUGGCUCUGCUGCAGAGCCUUAAGGACAGGGUCAGCGCCCAGCCCCAGCCCCACUAGGUCUUGGGCUGGUCUGAUGCCUCCUUAGUGAACUCUCAUUGGUUUACGACUGGAUCCUUGCACCAGAGCCAGUUCUGGAGACGGCUGGAGGAAGUGGGCAUGAGAGAUGGGUCAUUCGUCCAGAGCCCUUCUUGGGGACCCCGAGAGUAAACACGGUCUUCGGGAGAUAGGGCUGGUGGGGCUUCCUGUA